AAUUUACUAGUGUUGUAAUAUUUUUUUCGUAAUAUAUUUUUAACAAAUCGAACAGUGAAUUUUAAGUGAAUGAAAACAAAAAGUAAUGAAAGUGAUAUAAAUAACAUUCCCGCUUAGUAAGUGGGUGAUGACAAAUUGACACUAGUGACAUAGGAAGUGUGCCAUAACAGUGGCAGGUGUCAACAUGGAUGUCAAGCAGCUACUGUGUAUGUGGCUGUUGUUGGCCUGUGUUUACUUUACGAACGCACAAGAAGAGAAACGCGUGGUGAAGCCCCCACCGACGAGGUUCACAUGUCGCGGCCGCGCGGCCGGCUACUACGCCGACAUGGACACCGGAUGUCAGGUGUACCACAUGUGCGACGGCAUGGGGCGGCAAUUCAGCUACUCGUGCCCCAACACGACACUGUUCCAGCAGCGCAUGCUCGUCUGCGAUCACUGGUACAUGGUGAACUGCUCCAAUGCCGAGCGCGACUACGACGCCAACCUGCUCAUCGGUCAGCGCGACAAGCCUUUCGUGUCUGAUGAAGACAUGAAGUCGCGUACCCCUCGGCCCGACGUGUUGUCAGUGCCGCCUAACAACAACUACUACGAUGGACUGAGGGAGGCAGAGACAAAGUUUCCGAUACAUCCCGGUAACAGCAUAGCAGGCCUCGCCGACUCUCUCUCAGAUGAUAACAACGACUUGGAUAGCGACAAACAUAGAUUCCGCUCGCAGACCUCUUGGUCCAUUGGGAAAGUGACAGAAAAUAACUUUGCCACCAAACACAGUAGGACUAAUAAACAAGACAGAGACAGCGUGACCGAGGCCUCCCAAAGAGUUCAGCCAACGUUUGCACCGACACCUAGCUACAACAUUCCAAACGACAAUCAAGUAAAUAUCCCAUCUCCUUCGAGAGAGCUCAGCCCACCAUUCCCACCGGCGACCACCACAGAAUCUGACGCAGAUAGAUUACAAUCCAAUUUCAAAGAUGGAAACGAAGAUCCUGUAUUUACCUUCAUUAAACGAUUCGAUCCAAACGUUCCAGACUCACAUAAAACUUCAAUGACCAAAACCGAGAUCAUAGACAUUAAUAAAGAAUUACCUCAAGGACAAGUCAGUUCGGAAGAAGAUAGAACUCCGCGUAGAAACAAGAACUUCGGAAACACUUUGAAUAAAGUGCGAAGCGAUAAAAAGAAAGGCGCCACAGAAAACACAAGAUUUGAUACAGUAAACGUGAAACCUGAUGCAAAUAUUGAGACGAACAACGAAAAUACAGGUACAAGUCAGGUCCCAGUCCCCGAUGUAAACUUAUUGCCUCCUAAGUCCGAAUAUUCUAAGAUACCGUCCACAACGAUGGGACCGCCGAUAUACUACGAAUGGAAAUGGGCGGUGCCGGCGUUCGGUCUGGAGCCUCCCAAAGAGAACAAUGUUACCAACACAACAGCGACACCACAAAAACGAACAUCACCGGCCAGGAGACCGUUCAGUGACAUCACCAGGACUACAACCACGCCCGCAGCGCCUGAACCACUCAACACUGAAUACAACAUUAGUUCGUACUUCGUUCCUGAUUACGUGUUCCCCCUGGACAAGCCACAUCCGGGAUAUGAUGAUACGGAGACCUCGUUGGAUGCGAGAGUGGGGCGACCGGGCAGGUCCAGCUACGGCGAGAACCCCAACUGUCCUCAAUGCCACCCCGUCUACCUCAUCCCGGGGACUUGCGAGCCCUGUGUUGUACGACGGUAACAAUGUACUGAUGGCAUGAGACCAUAGUGGGAACAGCAUC